AUGAAAUUUAAUACAGUUGAUGGCUUUCAAGGCCGAGAAGUUGAUAUCUUGCUGCUUUCAAGAGUUAGAGUAGUUAGAUUUGAAGCACCCAUGAUUAACUCUAGCAAUCUUGGAUUUGUUGCUGAUGUUAGAUGGAUGAAUGUUUUUUUGACUAGAGCUAAACUUUCUUUAUGGAUUUUGGGUAAUUCAAGAACAUUACAGACGAAUCAGACCUGGGCAUGUCUUGUUGAAGAUGCAAAACAAAGAAAUUUGAUUAUAUUAGGAAUAAGGCCAUAUAGUCCCAUGUUUAAGUUUGCUUCAAAAAAUAGACCAGCUUCAAGUAAUUCUGAAAACAAAUCAAGUAUGUCGAGGAAUAUUGAAAAGGUUGAAGCAGCAAAUCAACAUGUAGAGACACAAAAAAAGAUUGUGAAACAUACUUCUGAAAGGAAAAGAAAAAUUGGGAUUGAAACACAAACUGUCACUAUAACAGGUGAAGGCGAUCGUGUUUUUCCACUAGCGAAGGAUGCUACUAAGGAUAAUAAAAGAAGAGUCAGGGAUAAAAGAAUCAUUACAAUAUAA